AAUUUUAUAUAACGUCAAGCAAGAAAAUUGGAAACCUGUCGCACUGUGUGAUUUGUACGACACACUUCCAAUUGAUUUUCUGCAACACCAGACGCAUGCAUAUAGGUCGAUCAACUAAUUGAAGAGAUGAAAGCCCAUAAUUGUACUGUUUCGGCAAUGCAUGAUGAUAUGAAACAACGAGAUCGUCAAUUGAUUAUGAAACAAAUUCGUUCUGGCUCGUCUCGUAUAUUGAUUACAACCGAUUUAUUGGCUCGUGGAAUUGAUGUCCAGCAAGUAUCAUUGGUUAUUAACUAUGAUUUGCCGUCAAAUAGAGAAAAAUACAUUCACAGAAUCGGUCGUGGCGGUCGUUUUGGCCGUAAAGGUGUAGCCAUCAACUUCAUUACAGACGACGAUCGUAGAAUUCUUAAAGGUUCUGAACAAUUUUGUCAAAGAACUAUUGAGGAGAUGCCCGCUAACAUCGCUGAUCUAAUUUAA